UAUCCCACCCUUUAACUGUUGAACUUCAAAAUCCAAACAUUACCCGUCGUCCCAAAAUGUCUUCUUCACCCGUCCCCAAAACCCAACCCACCAUCCUUUUCAACACCACCUCCUCCACCCUCUCCCUCGGCCCCGCCUUCCCAGUCCCCAUCUCACCACCAACUGAGCACCUCAUUCGCGUUCACGCCACGGCCAUCACCAACGGCGAACUCACUUGGGGCCUCUUUGUGGACUGGCCCUUCCUUCACGUCCCCACCUUCGACGUCGCCGGCACCACUCUCACGCCUGUUGAAGGAUCACCUUUCAAAGUCGGCGACGAGAUCUACGGCCGCGUGACAGCUGCCCGCGAGGGCUGUGCUCGGGAGUACGCCACGAUUACUCCUUCCGAAGCGGCGCUGAGACCGCAGGAUCUAAGCGAUGUCGACGCAGCAACAGUGCCGAUGAGCGCUGAGACGGCGUGGCAGGCGCUGUUCGAGCACGGGGAGCUAGCGGCACCGCAAGCUGAUGGGAGCAAGGUCGCGGCGAACGCUGGGAAGAGAGUGCUGAUCCUGGCAGCGAGCGGGGGAGUCGGGCUCUGGGCUGUGCAUUUCGCGCGGCUAGCGGGUGCUCAUGUUGUCGGGACGUGUAGUGAGAAGAACGCGGAGUUUGUGCUCGGGCUGGGUGCGGAUGAGGUGGUUGAUUAUACGAAGACGAGUUUAGAGGCGUGGGCUAGGGCUAAGGAGGGAAGGAAGUUCGAUGUUGUUUUCGACUGUGCGGGAAGCAGGUCGAUGGAGGAUGCGUGGACGGUGGUGAGGGAAGGGGCGCGGUUUGUGAGUAUUGUACCGGGGUAUAAGGAGCCAGAUGGUGGACCGCCGAGGGGAGUGAAGGGGCUAUUUUUCGUUAUGGAGUCGAGGGGAGCGGAGUUGGCUGUUAUUUCGGGGCUUUGGGAGAGAGGACUGUGCAAAACGGUGGUGGAUAGUGUGUGGAGGUUGGAGGAGUAUGAGAAGGCGUUUGCGAAGACGGCGUCUGGUCAUGCGAGGGGAAAAGUGGUGAUAAGAAUUGGCACAUGAGGGAUGUUGGAAAAGUAUUAGUCUAAUCGCGUCUAGUUUACCUCUUCUAAU